CACACUUUCUCCGAACGACGACAUGGCCAGACUGCUGCCGACGUCUAUCAAGCUUUGCUUUGGCCUCACAUAUCUCAGUGCCUCGAUGGGCGCGAGUCUCUGGUUCCUCGAUAUCAUCGGUCCCGGCCUUUCCAACGAUCACUUCUGGCCCAACUUUGACCCGACGUCGGCCCAGACAUACCUCAUCGACGUCUUCCACCGCCACCUCAGCGUCACCAACGCCUUGGUGAUUGAUCUCUACGAUCCCAGCCAAGGCAUUCUAAAGGCGUACGGUCGAGCAUCGACGACAGCGUUUGCAAAACCCACCUACCCUCGACUACGCUCGCUGGUCGAGUACACGUCGGUUGCUGACGCAAUCACUGGGUUUCAGUCACUGGAUCCCGGCUACGUCUUCAACCUCAUGACGCUGUAUUGCUGGGCUGACUUUGGAAAGCGCUGGGAAGUUGCUCACACAGCAGCACGGCAAGCCCGAUGCGCUGCGACAAUGUCCAACAAUGGCGCCGUGUACCUUGAGGCCCACCUCCGCAAUCUCAACUGGGACGCAUGGUACGCGAUCUACGGCGCUAGCUUUGAGUUUGGUGUCGCGGACGCGGUUGUAGUUACGCCAGACGGCCGCGAGUGGUACCAAAGUCUACCAAACGCAUUCCAGACUCUCGAAAACGAAGUAGCGUACUGGACAUCGCAUCGCAUUUCGCGCUUUCAGCUGCAGUGGAGCAAUGACUACCAGUUUGGUUUGCACGAGUCCGUCUCCGUCGUCAACAUGCUCGGGUGGCGCCAAGACCUCACGAUCCAGUCGAUUGCGUUUGGCAAGCGGAGCUCCAAGUGGUCAACGUUUGUGCUCAACUGGGCGUUCUACGACGAUCUCUGGGCCACCGCUGUCACCAACGGUAGCCUCGUGCGCAGAGCCGUCAGCUACAUCGGCGAUGCCACCAUCGAGGUACUCCUCGGAAUGUACCCGUUCACGCCCGCCAGCAUCCUUGCCCACAACCAGAUCGGACCGCUGCAGGCCAUUGACAUGAUGUUGAUUGCACCCCCGACGGCGCUUGUGACUGCCUGUACAAGCUAUGACGUGGCCGUGACCCUAGCGCUCCAAGCCGACCAUGCGCUUUUGAGUCUCUACGCCGCGUUGCCAUCUUUGGUGCUGGACCCGAUACCUUUGUCGUGGCAAAAACCCGAGAACUACACAUUCUUUGGUGGCAGUCCGUUCUGUCUCUUUGGCGCUGGUGCACCCUUUGUACAGCCAUCAUUUUCCUUUGACGACACGUGCGGUAGCCAGGUACCAAGUCGCCUGCUCGUGUCGCCUUGGCCCGGUUUGUUUGCGGCGACAAGUCUCAACUUGCUCGAAACAUCGCUCAAGUCGUGCUGCACACCUUGCAGCGCUGCGACGCAAUUCUCUUGUGAACUGCUUGUGUCGAACCUCCAAGUCAUUUCGACUUUGCUGCUGACCAAUGCCUCACUCGAGAGCCUCUUGGUGCCGAUGGUCCAAGCUGCCACUGGGGCUAUUCAGCAGCUCAACGUUGAGAUUGUUCAGUUUGCACUGACAUCAGGAGGAACUGAAACUGUCUUGCGCCAGCCGCUGCUGCGCGAUGGCGCGUGGUCGUUCAUGGGCUAUGUAGCGCUACACGAGUGGGUCAACGGUUUCCGGGAGGCUGUCUCGUUCCAAGGCGACGUCGCAACGUUCAACUUGAUAUCGGAGCGCAUCGAGCCCAUUCCGUUGCGCGCCAACGCCAUCGAAGUGCCACAUAGCACAUGCAACUACCUCUACGUCGUCGCGCUUCUAACGUCGGUCGCGCUUGUUGCGGUCGCGUGCAUCACGGCAGCGUACGCUUUCCUCCAGCCAACUCCGGAUGCCGACGGUCUUCAUUUGCCUGUGUACAAUCAAGUUGCGGGGCCCGUCUGGGUAGGUCGUCCAUUGCUGCUGCUUCGCGCGGCCGCAGCCAUCACAAUGCUGAGUACGGCGCCGCUGAACUUUGGCAGUGACGAUGGCGUUGCCCGCUUUCGAUUUGCACCUCGCCCGUUGACGCACGUUGGAAUUCUCGCAGGUGAAGCUGCGUGGGUGACGUACGUUCUCAACGAUAUCUUGCUGGUCGCUGCGAACCAGUACGCUCGGUAUGCGGCGCCGUUGAGCAACUUGCUGGUGUGGCUGAGCCUCGUUGUGCUUGAGGUCUUCUACCCGAUUCGAGCGACGGCGGCAGUCGAUCGCGGCUGCACCCGCGUGGAUAUGGGAGCUGUCGUGACGUGCCACAGUGGCUCUGUCGACCUCGGUUCGAUGGCCCGCGCCUGGCUCAUUUUGGGCAUCAAUGGUAUUGCAAUCGGGCUUUCGUACUGCAUUGUGUGGGGCUAUUGUGUGCUGAAACAAAAACACCUGGAUGACUCCGAGCAGACGCCCCUCGCCCGCAUGGUGUCCGCGGGCGUCGAGGCGUUCUUAGCACCUAAGGAAACCAACAUGUGGAAGCUAGAUGCGUCAAUUGCGGCCAUGACCGGCUUACUUCGAUUCCGCUUCCAGUCGCUCUGCUGCAUCUUUGAUACAAAACUGUGGCUUUUCUACUACGAUGACGCUGGCCCGGUCCAUAUCAAGCCACUUAUCAGCCCAGAAGAGACUAUGCUAACGAUGGCGGGCGCUGUUGUCGUCGCGAGCUCGCGCUUUGCCAAGCUCAAGAGCUCUCUGGUGUGA